AUGUCAGCUUUGAAGCGUACCCGUACUGAAGAGCGCUCCAGCAGUCGAAGCGAUGCUCUUGUCGGGCAUACUGUCGACGAGGCCAAAGCUCUCAUACCGCGCACGCCCGAGGAGAAGACCACUGGGCAGAGGCUUGUUGUGGUCUUAGAAAAGGCGGCUUUAGAGGUUGUGCAAGUGAAGGGUAAAUACGAGUUGUUGAACAGUGAUGACCAUAAGAAUAUUUUGGCGAAGUCGGGGAAGGACAUAUCUUCAUACCGACCUGAUAUUACUCAUCAAUGUUUGAUGAUGUUGUUGGAUAGUCCGCUCAAUAAGGCUGGCAAACUUCUUAUAUAUGUCCACACUAUGAACAAUGUCCUCAUCGAGGUGAGCCCCGCCCUGAGGAUGCCUCGAACCUUCAAAAGGUUUUCCGGUCUUAUCGUCGAGCUCCUCAACAAGAAUAAGAUUCGGGCAGCCAACAGUAGUGAGAUCCUCAUGAAGGUAAUCGCAAAUCCUGUACAGAAGUAUCUCCCAGCAGGAGGCAUCAAAUGUGGACUUUCAGUAGACGGACGUCUCCUCACCUGUAAUAGCACAAUCUCAUAUAAUAUUCCUGUUACUGUAGUCAUCGGUGCUGUGGCGCAUGGAGAGCCUUGCUCGGAACCCCGCUUCGGUGGUGACUAUGUUGAGGAGACAAUCGCCAUCUCCAACCACGGCCUCAGUGCUGCUAUCUGUUGCGCUAAGCUCACUUGCGCCUUAGAGGAUCGAUGGGGUAUCAUAUAGAGCACCAACGUCAACUACUACGUUUUACUAGUAUUCCUCCACA